AUUUCUGAGCAGUGGUCUGUUAUGUUGAUUGUCAUUACAUCCAGUCCAGGUCCAGGCACAAAAUAUUAGUGUCGUUUAUUGAGGUGUAAAUUUAUUGAAACGUGAUUUAAUAUUUAUACUUGUUAUUAAUUAGAUAAUGCAUGAUGAUGAUAAUGUAUCACGUACUAAGGACAGUACUAUAUAAAGUUUGGGUCGUUUCUACUCUUACUUUAUUCUCCAGUGUUGUAGUUUUUUGGUUUUAUGGAUUUUUCACAGCACUUUUCGUCUUCUCCAUUGGCAUGACUGGCAUUAUGUAUAGUGCCCAGGAUUUGUUAUUAUAUUACCCGAAUGAUCCACCAGACUCCAGAGGAUUUGUUUUACAACCAAGUAAUUUCAAGUUACCCUACGAAAGCAUUAAAGUAGUCAAUAGGGAUGGCUUUAAAAUACAUAUGUUUCUUAUUAAACAAGGGAACAAUAGUGAACUUAAACCCACCAUGAUAUUUUUCCAUGGUAACGCAGGAAACAUGGGCCAAAGGUUAACUAAUGUAUCUGGAUUUUAUCAUAAGUUAGAUAUCAAUAUUCUUAUGGUUGAAUAUAGAGGAUAUGGACUCUCAGAGGGCACACCUUCUGAAUAUGGACUGUAUUGCGAUGCUCAGGCUGCAUUUGAUUAUCUGAUAGAAAGGACUGAUAUUGAUCCAACAAAAAUAAUGUUGUUUGGGAGAUCUCUUGGUGGAGCUAUUGCUAUAGAUUUGGCUUCAAGGUUAGAAUAUCGGAGCAAAAUUUGGGCCGUAGUAGUGGAGAACACAUUUACCAGUAUACCAGAAAUGGCUAAAAUUAUUCUGAAAUGGAGGUGUUUAUUGUGGUUACCAGAGAUUUUUCAUAAGAAUAAGUAUUAUUCAAUAAAGAAAAUUGUUCACAUAAUGGCGCCAACUUUGGUGGUAUGUGGCUCAAGCGAUGCAUUGGUGCCACCUUCUAUGGCCAAAGAGCUAUACAUGAAGUGCGGGGCGGCGUGUAAGAAAUUGGUUGUGAUGCCAGGUGGUGGGCACGAUGACACGUGGACCUGCAGAGAUUAUUAUACAUCUAUCAGACAGUUUAUAGCGAAUGUACCGUCUUUGUCACAAAAUAUGGGUCCUUUCUUCGACGAUGUUAGGAAGGAACCGCUCCGAUCCACCGCUAACAGAUAUUCGAUUGUGCAGACUGUGUAGGUAUUCAGAUGAAAUAUGAAGAUAUUACUUGUGUCAAAUAUUUAUUCAAAUUGUACAGUGCGAUGCAACUUUUGUAUGCACACCACUGUUGUGAUUUCUUUAUAAUAUUAUGUAGAUAUUCGUAACGACUAAAUUAUCAUUGUCAUUAAUAAAUAAGUAGUAAAAAUUACGUAUUUGGUAAUAUACCAAAAGUAAAGCAUUCCAAAACCUUUAAAUACACAAAUAUUAUGUACUUUAUUCGUAAUAGAUAUUUUCUUCAGCAAUGUCAAUUAUAAAAUUAUCAGUAAGUAAUAAAAUUUAUGUAAUUCUACAGCAUAAUAAAAUAAUUUAUAUCUAUUUAUUUG